UAUUUUCACGUUGCCACCGUUGCCGUGACCUGGAUAUAUGAAGAAAAAGACGCGUUUAAAACAAAGACAUGUUGAAAAGUUUCUAUGUCCUUAUUGCUGCUAUGACAUGGAGAACAGUGACAGCACCAAGCAGCAGCGAUGAUGCAGUGAUAAUCAUAAGCGCAAAGCCAACUCAACAAGUUAGGUUUGACUGUACAAGACCGAGCGAUAUCAAGUAUAUGUUUUGGAUAAUUUCAACAAGUCUUGGAAACCAAAAAAUCGUAAGGCAAUCUUGUCAAGAGCUCGUCGAUGAUCCGAUUGACGUCAGAAAGAUAUGUAUAGACACUAAUUAUGGUUAUGACCUCGUUAUAACGAAAGUAAACGAAGAUGACGAAGGCACCUAUAGAUGCAAGACUGCAAAAACUGAGGAUGCCCUGAAAGUGUAUGAUUUAAGAAUAGAAAGAGAAGCCUUCAUCCACGAUAAAGCCUACACUAAAGAUGCCGUCAUACAAGAAGGCGACACAGCGAAGUUAUGGUGUAAUGCUUCAGGAUUUCCCAUUCCGUCUGUUUCUUGGGAAAUAUCAGAAACUGACUCAAAUGGAAAAGUAUCAUUCCAUGAAUUAGGUAUGCGAGGAAGACUACUUCAGAUCCGGAACGUGUCCCGACACUGCAGUAAAGCCUAUCGUUGUAUUGCUUCUAAUAAACUAUCUCGGACUCCUGCAAUACAGAAUAUCAAGAUUCGGGUGAACUUUGGUGCUAUGGCGGACAUUGAUGUCUACAGCGAGGAAUACUGUGGCACCACUAUGGAAGAUCUUGGAGAGAAAAUACACGUAAACAGUAGCGGAGACAAUUAUGUAGAAAAAAGGGAAGGAUCAAUGGUUUCCCUGGUGUGUAGCGGAUCAGGUUCACCAAAUGCUAUCAUCAAAUGGCUUAAAUUCCACCAAGGCAAUCACGUCGAAAUAUCAACAUUAGGACAUGGUGAUCAAAUUGAUAAUAACUAUCAAAUUGGUUCAUUUAUGACCGAACUUUGUCCACCAUUAUUCAAUGACGAACGGAGAUUCCGACUUGCAUUUCGAGCUUUUGAUGAUUAUUUCGCCAAAUAUGUUUGCAGGGCUUCAAAUAAAUUCGGCAGUGACGAAAUGACAAUAACAAUCAAACAGGUAACAUAGAGUGAUAAAUAUUGAAAUAUAGCCGUUGAGAAUCAUUCUCUACUUCUAUUUCUUAACGAAGGUCAUUUCUCCUUGAAAAAUAAUUCACAUAUCGAGGUUAUUUUUAUCAUACAUGUAUGUGUCUGAUUUGUUUUGAAAUCUACAAUUACCGACCUAUUACCAAUACCGGUAAACACACUAAUAUUUCAAAGUUUAUAAUUAACCAAGUGCUUUCCUGUAACAAACCCAGCAUUCUAUAACUCAUAAACAACGCAGCGGUGUAAGGGAUUCUAGAAACGAAAUGCAUCAUCAUCUAUCAAACAUAUGUGACCACACAAAUAUGCAUCUAUUGCUUUAAAGACUAACACAUACAUCGUUUCCUACUGAACGUUUUUAUGGUAAAAAUUGCUUAUUUCUAAGAGUAAGAACAGAUUAUAUAAUACAAAGGACAUACACUUCCAUAUA